AUGGUGCAGAAAUCAGGUGGAAAUCAGGUCUUAUCUGAACUUCUUGUCACCUUCAUUGGCAGCGUGGUUUUGCCUUUGCCUUCCUGUCCUGGAUUUGGUCAUUUCCACAGCGAGAUCUUCAGGACUGAUGAUUUUGAGAGGUUUUUGAGUGGCCAGAAGGUGAAGGAGGUGGUUCUGCCCCUCUUCUCUGCCCUCGUGAGACCCCACCUGGAAUUCUGCAUCCAGCUCUGGGAUCCACCACACAAGAGGGAAAAAGGCCUCUCUUUGCUAGGGUACCAUCUGUGCAACUACACCCUGACCAAAAGUGUGUUUAAAAUGGUUGCCUACCAAAAGUCCUAUGAGAAGAACACAUCCUGUGGAGGGUGGAUCCCGUGGAUGGUGUGUCCCCAGACACACUACAGAACAGAGUUUCACAGCCUUGAAGUCCCUGAAACCAUCACUCUCACAGAUUGCUGUGAAGGAUAUGAACAAGUCGGACUCUACUGCUCUCUAGGGAGGAUGUUCUGGUACAACGUGACAGUGCUCGUGAAAAUGGAUUUUAAUGAAUUAACCCGGGUGGAUUCCCACCUUCUGAAUCAUUCCCGCCUCUUACACUCCAUGAUCACUGGUGCAUUGCAGCCCCUGAAAGCCUCUGUGCACCACAUCCAGAGUAACCGUGGGGACAUCUACGCUGGGACAGUGGCCUCCCAGCUUCUCCUGGGCACGCACCACCCAGCUCCUCUGGCAGAGGUUUCCUCCUCCCUGAAGGCCAUGGUGAAGCGUGUGUAUGAAGUGAUUGACACACAAGUGCAAGAUCCCUCUGCAGUUACAAACCAUCGAAUCCUCAGCGUUACCAGCAACAGCUUUGAAAUGUCCUGGCUUGUCAGUUCCACUCUGAACCACACUUUCCAAGUCCGUGUGGCCAAGGGCAAUGAAACUGUGCAAAACCUGGAGACAGAGGAAAUGCAAAUGAAUGUGUCUCACCUGGAAGCAGGUGUGAUGUAUUCAGUAGAGAUCAGCUAUGAAACUUGUGGAAAAACCAUUAUCUCCCGUCAAAAUGUUAAAACAGAGGCCAAGAUAUUUGAUGUUACAAUGAGGAUUCUCAACUACAACUUCACUGAUGAUUUCCAUAAUUCCAGCAGCUCAGCAUAUGAGGAAUUUUCAAGGCUGUUGCUUACAGAGCUUGAAAAUUCAUUUCCACCCAACAUUUCUGCCUUGUACAAAUCUGGGAAGCUGAAAGUGCAGAUUGAAUCCCUGGCAGCAGGAAGCAUCAUUGUGAGGCUCAGAAUCACCGUGCAGGAUCCCCAGUUUCCAGUGGAUGCUUCCACAUUUGCUCCAGUGCUUUCCUCCCUGCACAAUGGCUCCGUGCUUGUGGUGGAUCAGCAAAACACUGCAGUAGGAGACUGGGAUGAAUGUGCUUCCCAAGCUGAGAAUGACUGCUCUGUGUUUGCAGAGUGUAUCAAUUUGAUGGGCUCCUACACGUGCAGGUGCAAGACAACCACGGAUACCAAUCCAUCCCGACCUGGAAGAAACUGUGAGGGUGACACUGUGGAUCCUCUCACUGAAACCGUGGCUCCUGAAAUAAGAACCAGCACAGACUUGGCUCCUGAGGAGGGCAGAAGCCCUGCAGGCCCUGCUCCCAUUGCCACCACGGGCCCUGCAUCGAGCGCCACCACACUCCUCCCUGCUGCGCUGGCCCUGGGUGACCAACCAGCGUCCCACAGUGCCACCAGUGCUCCUCCGGCCCCUUGGCAAAAAGGUCUGGCCCCACAGAUGGGUUUCAGCAGGGCCAGCAGCCCUGUGGCCUGGGUCACCCCCAGCAGGGCACUGGGUGUGGGCACAGUGGCCACCCGCCCAAGCUCGGUGGCCAAGGCCGCUGUCCCAAACACAGCCAGGCAGGAGCAGCUCGGCUCCCUGUGGCUGUUUCCAAAUCAAACAGCCUCAGCUGCCACCAGGACUCACACAGCUGCUGCUGUGCCCCAGGGCAGCUCUCCAGGUGGCCCCGACACAGCUCUGCUGGCCACAGGGAACGCUGACAUUGCCACCCCCAGGGCAGACGGAGACGUGGCAAGGGAGAACAGCUCUUGGUCUGAGAGACACUCUGGAGCCUUGGGGUCACCAGAUUUGUCAGGCACCUCUCCAGCCCCCAGCCAGAACCACACCUUCCAGAAACUUAGUGGCACAGUUCGGAUAACAAACAUGGAAUACUCUCCAGGCUUUAGCAAUAACAGCAGUGAGGAAAAUCAAACCUUUGCACAGCUCUUUGUUGAUGAAGUGCACAGAUCUCUGCCCCUUGAGGUGCUCCAGCAGAUGGAUGCUGGUCUGAUUAAAGUGCUGGUAAUGGGUGUUACUAAUGGGAGCACAGUGGUAAGUUUCAAUUUGCUGCUUGCAGAAGAAGUGGAUGUCCACCAUGUCAUCACCACUUUUUGUGAGGCCUUGGAACACAGCUCCUACUUCACCGUGGACAGGAGCAGCCUCUCCAUACACGCACUUCCCUUCAGCCAGAAGGCAACAGUGACAGAUAAGAAACCUGUGAACAGCACAAUUUUACCUGUGACAUCUCUGCAAACUUCAGCUCAUGUUUCUUCCCCUGCUUCACUGGACCUCUCUCCUGCUGAGCACAAAGCUCUGGAGGACACCAUGUUCUCCAGCACGGUGCUGACUCCUCUCACCAUGGAUCCCAUGGCAACUCCUGAUGUUUCUCCUCGAGCAUCUCCAGCCCCCCUUGUCAAACCCACCCAAGAGGUUUCCAUUAAAGACGCCGUGAGUGUGCUUUGUGAGAUUGAGAGGAUCGUCCUUGCCAUCCAGAAGAGAUUCUUGCAGCAGGAGUCUAUCCCAGAGAGUUCCCUGUUCCUGGGGGAGCCUGGCUGCAAUGUGAGCACCAGCAAUGGCACGCACGUUGUGCUGCAGGCGGGCUGGAGCGACUGUGGCACCCAAGUUGAGACCAACAUGACUACUACUGUGGUGAGAACCACCCUUCGGAAUGAUGUUUCUGCUCAGGGAAUAAUCCACCACUUGAACGUUGCCAGUCCCAUCCACUGUGUGUUUCAAAACAAUGUCUUGACUUCCUCUGGGUACACUGCAGAAGGACUUUACACCAUCUUUGAGGAUUUACAUGGAUCUGGAUACUUCAGAACAGAAAUGCAGUUGUUUAUUGGAAACUCUCCAGUCCCCAAAAAUUUCAGCGUCUCUGCCAGUGAGGAUGUGCUGAUCGAAGUGGGGAUGCAGAGGGCAGACAGCCAGCUCAAAGUGGUUCUCACUGACUGCUGGGCCACUCCAACCAAUAAUUCAAUGGAUCCCCUGUCAUUUGUUUUUAUCAGCAACAGCUGUCCCAUCCCAAAUACUUACACCACGCUGCUGGAAAAUGGGAACUCGAGCAAAGCUCAGUUUAAGAUGAAAAUUUUUUCCUUUGUCAACAACUCUGUGGUUUACUUACACUGCAGAAUUCGUAUUUGUAUGGAGUCACCAGGAAGCACCUGCAGGACUAGGUGCCAUGCAAGGGCUCGACUCCUGAAAGCUGGAGAAACCAUCGCCCUGCACAGAACAUCCUGGGGACCCCUGUGUAAAUCAGCUGGUGAGCCUAGAGAGAAGGAGGCUGGAAUGGGAAUUGGAUACAUCAUCCUCAUUGCCCUUGCUGUGUUUGGUUUUCUGCUGGGAGUUGUGACCCUUCUCAUUUUCCAGUACCAGCAAAAGACAGGAAGAUACAACCUCAGGAUCAAGUCUGACAACUUCAGCUACCAAGUGUUCUAUGAUUAGUGAUUCACAGGUUACCACAUUGGGAUCAUAUCUCAUCACAUGGAGAACUGAAGUUGGUCUUCACUCAACAUUGGCUUUUCCUUCUCUACACAACACUGACUCUUUCAAAUUAAUGUAAUAUAUAAAAAGCUUCUAUACCCCCUCUCUCUCCUCCACCUCUUUUUUCCUUAGCAAUCUGGUUCUUCCCUGGUAUCCUAAGAAUUCUUUGUGACAACAGCUCCAGGUUGAAGUGAAUUUUGGCAGUUUUUCCAUUGAUAAAAUAGAAGGGAAGAAAACAAAGACAUCUGGCUCUCUCUUCGAGUUUCAAGAUCUGGUUUUCUCCCUGUGACGUAUCACUAUGUGCUCAUCUUAGCAUCCCUUGUGCCAUUAAUAUUGACAAGCUGCAUGUUUCCAUUGAUAUUCAAGGAAGUAAAUCAGCAAACCCUCAGAGGGAUCUCUUUAUCAGUUUGUAAUUUGCUGUUUACUCAGGGUGAGGUUGAAACUUUGAGCUGCAACAGCGUUGAAGAGCUAAUUGUGCAACGCCUUAAGUAUACAGAAGUUGGGGAACAAGCCUUGGACUUGCCACCAAGUAGGGAAAAGCCACUGUGGAUCUGGGGCUUAACCUGCUCAGGGUGUUCUUCAGCAUGAGUUUUUGAAUUUGAUUCAUUCUGUAAUUGACAAGGUUUCAGUGGAAAAGAAAGAAAGGAAAAAAAAGAAACUAUUUUUGUUGCUGGCAGCCCAUGUUUUUUCCAGAUAAAUCAACUGGCACCUGUGUCUUCUGCUUAAUUAGACCCUAAUGGCUGUGCAGUCAAGCCACACACUGCUGCCCACCUGAGAGCUCUCCAAUUGCAAAUGAAGAAUUAUAAAUUUGACCUGAAUUUUGCCUGGGUGCAAGACCGUCGGUGCAGCAGCACAGGCUCACUUUACACGGUCCAUUGGGCACAGCAACAUUCUGCUCAGCUGGAUAAACUGGAGCCAAAAUCUCCUUAUGCAGUCAGCAUCCCCUGCAGGGCUCUUUCCUGGGCUGCUCUUCUCUGCUGCCCCAAAUCUCCACCUCAGUGAGUGUGCUGGAAGAUGGGAGGUGAAGAGGUGUCAAUAACUCGUCCCACCAGCCCUUGGUUCUGUUUGCUGCAGUCACUCCUCCUACACAGUGGUAAUCUGCUGUGCCUGGGUCACAUCUAAGUUAGUAACUUAUAAAUAAAUUCCUCCUUAAGCUCAAUGGGCACCAUUAUAAAUAACUCUUAGUGGAAAAUGGUCUUUAACUUGAAGUCAUGAAUGUUUCUAGUAGUCAUAGCACUGAGGUGCUGAUUUUUGGGUACAGAGUAGCAUAGGAAAGUGGCUUUUCUAUCCUCCUAGUCCAAUUUCCAUUUGGGUAAAAGACUUCCACGUUUGGCAAAAGGUUGUACUGAUUGAUUUUGGAGUUUUUAUAUAUACCUUUUAAAUAUAUCAAUCAAUUUCAGAGUAAUCAUUUGCAUUCUACUUUAGAUUCAAGUGACUCUAUAAGGAGUAUGACACUUUGUCUUGACUUUUCCUUAUGGAAAUAAGAGUUACCAGAUCCUGAUCUAAAAAAAAAAAAAAAAAAAAAGUCCAUUUAUUUGUAAGUGGUGAAACUAUAAAUUCACUUUGUAGUCUUGGUCUGAUGAACGUGGAAUCAUAGAAUGGUUUGGGUCAGAAGGACCUUAAAGACCAUCUAGCUCCAAGUCCCUGCCAUGGGCAGGGACACCUUCCACUAUCCCAGGGUGCUCAUCCUGGCCUUGGACACUUCCAGGGAUGGAGAGUCCACAACUUCUUUGGACAACAACAUAACCAUUAGUUCUUGUUAUGUAGGAGACUCUUAACUUUUGCUCAAUUUGCUGUCAAAUGUGAAAUGUGUUUGCCUUCUGCACUGAGUGACAAGAUCAGCUAUUUUACUAUAAAUAUUUUUCUAAUUCUUAGUAGUUACAAUCCUGAACUUCUUGGAGGUGACAGAAUUAGAGAUCUGCCUGUUGAUUUUGGUGGAGCUAUGCCAUUUUCAAAAGCUGAGCACUACUCCUCAGGAUGAGAUGUGAAGCAGUAGCUUGUAUUGCUCAGCAGAAAUACUUGAUACCUUGCAUGCUCACCAGAAACUGUUAUUUGUGACUGAGUCUGUUUAUAGGAAUUUUGAUAUCUUAAUAAAA